CUCCCACCCUCAUCCCCUCGCUCUCGCGCGCUCCGCCGCCUCCACUCCGGGCCUCAAUCCCUCGGGUUCCCUCACAAACCGGCCGGAACGGCCCGCGCCGCCCCAGUUAUUACGCGCAUGCGCCUUGGCCGCUCCGAGCACCGCUCCGCCUAGUUUUGUUUCUUAAUUUUUUUUAAAAAAAUCAAAGACUAAGCUGAAAGAUGGAACAGAAUAUAUCGGAGAAAAAACCAGCCAUCGCCCAGACUGCAGACUUCGAUGUAAUGGGUGCCUUAGACUGGAAAGACGGCAUUGCCACCUUGCCGGGUAGCAACAUACAAUUUCGUUUAACUGAGUUUGGGACACUGGAAAUAAUUACAGAAGUUGAAGCAAAGGCUACAAAAGCUCUCUCUGCAUCAUCAAUAAAUACCAGUUCAGCCCUUAACUUGUCUACCUCUUCUGUGCCCAACACCAUAACUGCUUGUGGUACUGAAGUGUCCAAGGACAAUAUUCCCAGAUCUGAACUCCAAACCUGUGAAAAUAACAGACACCCUGGGAAAAUGGACUGUUUUGAGAAUUCCCGUCAGGAACCUAGAGACAGAGUCUCUAAGGACACCCCAGGUGACUUCGGGAAACAGACAAGUAGCAGCCAGAUGUAUGAAACAGACAGACCUUCCAAGCGCCUACGAAAAAAGAGGAAGUUGCUUUUGGAUUCUGAAGAUGAGGAAGAAAAUGCAGAUGAUGAUGAGGAAAAGAAUAAAUUGAAUUUGAAAAACCGCAAGAAUACUAAACCAGUAAAGCAAGUUACUCCUGGAAAGAAGCAUGUGUGGAACUGGCUGUCAUACUUAGAAGAAGAAAAAAUGGCACCUGCUCCACUGAAACUCUUCAAAGAGUCUCAGUCCUUUCCACAAAACAAAAAUGGAUUUAAAGUUGGAAUGAAACUAGAGGGCCUAGAUCCUGAACACCCAUCCUUAUUUUGUGUGCUUUCUGUUGCCGAGGUGCAAGGGUACAGAGUGAGAUUGCACUUCGAUGGUUAUUCUGAGUGUUAUGACAUCUGGGUUAAUGCGGAUUCUCCAGAAAUCCACCCUGUUGGAUGGUGUGAAAAAACAGGUCACAAGCUGCUUCCUCCUAAAGGUUACAAGGAAGGGGAAUUUAAUUGGACAUCAUAUUUGAAGAACUGCAAAGCUCAAGCUGCCCCCAAAGCUCUUUUCAGAGCCCUGAGCACACCAGUCACACCUUCUGGUUUUCGAGUGGGAAUGAAGUUGGAGGCCGUAGACAAAAAGAAUCCUUCUUUAAUGUGUGUAGCAACCAUUGCAGACAUGUUGGAUAAUCGGCUGCUAAUUCAUUUUGACAACUGGGAUGAAAGUUAUGACUACUGGUGUGAUGCUAGUAGCCCUUAUAUUCGACCUGUUGGUUACUGUCAAGAAACUGGAACUCCCCUUACAACACCAGCUGAAUACAAGGAUUUCAAAAGCUUCUCAUGGGAGAAAUACUUGGAGGAAACUGGUUCACAGGCAGCCCCAGCAAGAGCCUUUAAACUGCGCCCAGCUCAUGGAUUCCAGCCCAACAUGAAACUAGAAGCUGUAGACAAGAGAAAUCCCAUGUUAAUUAGAGUGGCAACCAUAACUGAAAAAGAUGACCAUCGUGUCAAGAUACACUUUGAUGGCUGGGACCACAGUUUUGAUUUCUGGGUUGAUGCUGACAGUCCAGACAUUCACCCCAUGGGCUGGUGUGCAAAAACUGGACAUGCCUUGCAACUCCCACCAGGGACUGCGGACCCAUCAGGGGCAGUAGGACAGGGAUGCCCUACUCCUGGUUGUCAGGGAUUGGGUCAUGUCAGGGGACCCAGAUAUGGAACGCAUUACACGUACGUGUGCCCAAGAGUUAUGGGAUUAGUUGGCUGCCCAUAUUCUGAAAUCAAUCGCAGCAGGGAGAGUUCUUUACAAGAUCGUCUUGGUGGAGAAAAACCUUCACCCAGUGCUAGUGUUCAGAAGCCCAAGAAACCUGAGACUUCUGCAAGACUUACAGACCUUCAGGAAGACUCUCCACAGUCCAGUAGAAAAUCAUCCACACAAGAUGGGGAGAGAUCAGGACGGAGCAGUGUCCACAGUCUUUCUGAGCAGUCUGAGACCAGCCAAGAGAAGGACUCAGUGGAAGGGGAAUCGUCUGCUGUCACUAAAAUCAAAUCAAAAGGGAUUGGUUGCUCACGUAGCUAUAUACAGCUCCAGCUAGUGAAGCAGGAGGCUGAUGGAAGAGACACAGCAUUUGCUCUGCAGCAGGCCCUCCACCAGUCUGUCUUCAUGCCUUCCCUUUCUGCAAACCCUACCCACCGCCUCCAUCUCUGCUGGGAACAACACUGCAAGCUGCUGCCGGAGGUCUCUGGCCUCACCGCCAAGAAUGUGGCCAAAUGGAGUGUUGAAGAGGUGGCUGGAUUUGUCCAGCGUCUUCCUGGCUGCAAGGAUCAGGCUGCUCUCUUCCGACAAGAGCAGAUCGAUGGUGAAGCCUUCCUUCUCCUGAACCAGUCAGACAUUGUUAAAAUUCUGAGUAUCAAGCUGGGGCCAGCACUUAAAAUAUACAAUGCCAUCCUCAUGUUCAAGACUGCGGAGGAAGACUGAAGCAGCCCCUCCAGGACCAGUCUGAGCCAGGAGAUCAGAGCUGGGAAAGGCCUUCAAAGAACAACUCAGCAGCAGAGAUCCAUGUUACUGAAUAUUGAGCAGGUCGGGACCUUGGAAAGGCAGUGGUCUAAUUGCAUUUCAGACUCUGGAACCUGCUGAAAGGAUCCCAAAGAAGUACAAUUCCUUCUGCCACUUGGAAUGGAUUUAGUGGCUUCCCUUCUAGGAAGAGAUUAUUAAUUGUGUGUUUUUUCUAAUUGAAUAUGGGUAUGGUUAAAUUGAUCUUUUGUGAAGAUCUUGAUGAUGCCUCCAGUUAUAAGAGGAAUCCCGGGUAUUGCUAUUGGUGGGGAGCCAAACUGACUAACCUGUUGAUAGUGCCUAAAAGAGAAUCUAAGUUAUCACUGACGUCCAUGACGACUUCUUUGUGUGCAGAACUUGGGGAUAGGCUUUAAGGGAACAAGGAAAGAGACAGAUUCUUCAAAGCACUGCUGUUGAAAUCCUCAUCAAACAUCUGUGCUUUUUCCAAACUAGCUUUGAAUUUUUAUUCUCUUUCAGCUAUUCAAGCACUGGCAAUUAUUAUUUUGGUCUAGCAGGAUUUGGCAGGGAGUAAGGAGUGCCAGGAAUGAAGUCUGACUCCAUACCAUUGAUUAUCAAGCUAUUAUACCUGCACUUCAAGCUGUGCAAUUGCAGAUGUUAAGAGAUGAAAUGAAGAUAGGUCUAAUAAAGGCUAUUGGGAGAUUGUUCCAACAAAAGAUAAGUCAAUCACUUGGGUGGAGGGCUCCCCUAAUUGAACUGUAGGAAAACCUCUGGAGAGCCAUAACAAAACUACUAGAGUAUGUUUUAAAUGUUUCCAUCUCCCUGUGGUUCAGUGCAAGGAAAGUUUAGGGAUGGCACAUCCCUCUCUGUAGUGAUCUUUCUGAGGCAAGAAUUGUUGGAAAGAAUCUGGAAUCCCCACUCUGAAGCCUUUUGUUUUGAAAGCACAGUGGGUUAAUAAACAGGAGUAUCUAGUGUGGACCACUUAAGCACAAAGGAGCCAAACGUACAAGCUACUAAGGACUGCUGCCUCGCAUCCUCCAUUCAGUUCAGUAGUAGUCUUAGACUUUAGAAUGAUAUCUGCAUGCUUUGCUGUGCAGCAGACCAAUCUCUGGGAGCUUUUGCUGAAAUGCACAGGACCAUAUGGGUAGAUGAAAAAAUAGGCUGGGGGGGGGAUGCAAGGUGCCAAAAGAAUAUUAAAAGAGAGCAAUUUGACACAGAUCUUCACUGGGGAAGGCAGAUUCUGAAAAUUAGCUCAGUUUGUCAAUGGAGACAUUGCCUUUACACCUGCAGCAGGUAAUGGCCAUGUAGUCCAUAUUUCUGUUGCUGUCCCCUAAUUAGCAGCUCACACUGUACAAUAAUAUUGGGUAAUGAAGGCAGUCAUUCUCACUUCUUCAACCCCUGCCCCAUCAAAAUACAGUAUAACUUGGGAAGGGCACAUGCUCUAAUGUUCCUCCCUUCAGAUGUGGAAGAGCUUAUGAACCCUCUCAUAUAACUCCUCUUUCUCUCUUGCAUGCCCAUCAAAGUUACCCCUCAUUCGCCGCCCUGGUGUUUAGCAGACAAUAGAAUCCCUUGGACUAGUGUCUCAUCUAAAGCAAGCCAAGCCUUCUGUUUAUUUAAUGUCAAGCCAUUUUUAGGGUCGAUAACUGUUUAAACUUGAGGGAGUAAAAGGGAACUUCUGUAUAGCAUAGCAAGGAUACUGCUCUGUUGUUAGUGUCUUACAUCGUUGACAUGAAGAAUGUGAGCUGGCAAAGGAUGCUCUUCCUAUUGGUCAGUGGUGGUAUGUCUUUCUCUCCUUUUAACCUACCUUAUAAGCAAAUGUGUGACAUUUCUGUGAAGAAUGGUGUCAAGCUUUCCGUUACAUCCACUUCACAUACAUCUCUCCACUUUUGAUCUCCCAACUAUUUAAGAGUCUCUGUAACCUUCCUGAAGUCAAGAUGACAUAAGACUUGUAAAUAGUCCACAAUCCAGGCUGCUGAGUCUGAACAGUAUUUAAUAAAUCUGCAGAGGCAA